AUGACUUUUGAUGCUAAAUCCUAUCAAAAAUACGAAUUUUUCACUAUUGAAGAGAUUGAACCUGGUUUUAUUCAUGUUAAAUAUACUAAUCCAAAAUCAUUAAAUGCUUUCACUGAACAAAAUUGGAGAGAUUAUGGAGAUAUUUUAACAAGAUUAGAUAAAGAAGAAGAUUCUCAGUUAAUUUUAAUUUCAUCCGGUGUUGAAAGAUCUUUUAGUUCAGGUUUGAAUUUAAAAACUGCCAUGGAGCAAAUUAAAUCAAGUAAUACAACAUCUGAAAAAGAAGCUAUAAAACAAUUAUAUGAUCAUAUAAUUGAUUUUCAAAAUGCUGUUACAGUUCCAACAAGAAUUAAUACUCCAACUAUUGGAAUUUUAAAUGGUAUAAACUAUGGUUUAGCAUUAGAUUUAGCAUCAGCAUUUUCAAUUAGAAUUGGUGUUGAAGGUGCAAGAUUUUCAAUUGCUGAGGUCAAUAUUGGUAUUACUGCUGAUAUGGGUUCAUUACAAAGAUUACCUCAUAUUAUAAAUAAUAAAUCUGCUUUAUAUCAACAUGCUUUAUUAGGUGAUGUUUUUGAUGUUCAUGAAGCUUACAGAUUAGGUUAUGUUUCAACAGUUGUUAAAUCAGUUGACGAAGGUAUUCAAUUGGCAAAAGAAUGGGGUGAAAAGAUUGUUGGUCAUCCGCAAUGGGCUAUUAAAGGUACAAAGAAAUGCAUUCAAGAUCAAUUAGAUGGUGUAAAUCAUGAAGCUGGUUUAAAACAAAUUGCUGAUUAUAAUGCUGUUAAUAUUACAAGAAACAGUAUGAAAUUAUAA